AGAGUAGUUGGGUAAUUUGGAAGCGAUUGGCAGUAUAUAAAGCUAGAUACCUCGCAGUAUCCGAUUUAGGGCGUAAAAGAAGAAACAAAGCCGUAGAAGAGGGCUCUUUCUCAACUUAGUUCACUGCCUUAAAAGCUUAUCCCUUUCCAAACUCCAACGAUGGAUCGGUACCAGAGAGUGGAGAAGCCGAAAACUGAGACGCCAAUUGAUGAAAAUGAGAUUAGGAUUACGAGUCAGGGGAGGAUGCGGAACUAUAUCACUUAUGCCAUGACUCUGCUCCAGGAAAAAGGAUCCGAUGAAAUUGUUUUCAAGGCUAUGGGAAGAGCCAUCAACAAGACAGUGACCAUAGUGGAGCUAAUUAAGAGAAGAAUUGUUGGUCUUCACCAGAAUACGUCAAUUGGAUCCACAGACAUCACCGAUACAUGGGAGCCCCUAGAAGAAGGCCUCUUGCCUUUGGAGACCACGAGACAUGUGUCGAUGAUUGUAAUAACCCUCUCAAAGAAGGAAUUGAACAAGACUUUAAUUGGGUACCAGCCUCCAUUACCUGCUGACCAGGUGAAGGCAUCAACUGAACUUGAUUAUGAUGGAGAGCGCUCACCAAGAGGUCGUGGUCGGGGCCGCAACUAUAGAGGACGGUCAAAGGCCAGAGGGAAUGGUUUUGCUUCGGCUGAUUAUGAAGAUGGAGGUUGGGACAUGAGUCGGAACAACUCAAGAGGUAGAGGGUUCAGAGGUCGAGGGAGAGGAAGAAAUUUCCGUGGCCGUGGAAGGGGAGGGUAUAAUGGAACUUACGUUGAUACACAGCAAGAUGGAGAUUACAAUCAAGAAGCCCCUGUUCAAGGUCGUGGUCGAGGCCGCAGUAGGGGAACCCAGGGAAGGGGACGUGGGUUCAGAUCAAAUGUGCCGAUCCAGGUAGCUGCAUAGGAUGCUGAAUGGGUGUUUUGACGGACGCUAUGCAUGCCUUUAUUGGUUAUGCUGUUUUUUUCUCUAGUUCUCCAUAAAAGGUAGCUUUUUUGUUUAAUUAAAAAAAAGGUCCUGGACUGCCAAAUGUUAUAGGGGUCUGUUGUGUAAACUAUUUUGUAUUUAGUUUGGAGCUGCUGUUGUUGUACAAGGCAAAUCCUUUUUUUUGGUAGUAGACACUAGACAUAGGUGAGAGAGAGUAGUUAUUUGUUCAUGUUUUUUCAGUUUUAGCAGCGCAUUCUUUUAUUUUUGUUUUGGAGAGUUGAGCUGUAUUUUAUAUUUCAGAUAAAUUAUAAUAUAAUAUAGUAUUGUUAGGCGUA